UUUGGCUUUCACUCAUUCCUUGUUGUUUCAUUUCCACCACAACUCUCUCCUCUUCCAUUGUUUUUAUAUCCCAAACUUAUACUCCUUUUUUCUCCCUUUCUUUCACUCUUAUUUUCUUUCUCCCUCUCUUCCAUGGCUAUGAACACAAAUACUUUAUGUCUAGUUUCAACCAUGGAUCGCCUUUGGUACCACCAAAUCAUUCUUUGGUCAGAUCCAUUGAGUUCCCAUAUUCCCAAUUUUCUCAACACAUCAUCUUUUCAUUUCACAAACUUCCCUUCUUCCCCUUCUCCCUCCCCUCUCCCAUUCUCACCUCUAAUGGAUCAAUCAAUUCUUCCCUCCUCUUCGCCGUCCCCUUCGGUUUCCUCCGACAACAUCUCCCUCGUCUCACAGGAUUACUAUAGUAAUGAUGAAGACAAAAACAAACAAGAUGGGAAGAAAGAGCCAAGUGAAGAAAGUCUCAACAAUCUCAAACUUUCAGUGGGAACAAAAUUGAACAAAUCUACAAGUUGUAAAAGCUUGGGGGAGUUGGAACUUGAAGAAGUUAAAGGGUUUAUGGACUUAGGGUUUGAAUUUAAGAAAGAAAAUUUGAGCCCUCGAAUGGUGAAGUUGCUACCUGGCUUACAAAGGCUUAGAACUGAUCAAAUAAACAAACAAAAUCUCGAAGAAGAAGACGACGACGACGACGACGAAAAUGAUGAUGAUAAGAAGAGAGAUAUAGCAAGACCAUAUCUUUCAGAGGCAUGGACAAUAAAAAGAUCAAAUUCUCCUCUUUUAAAUCUAAGGAUGCCAAAGGUUUCUUCAACCUCUGACAUGAAGAAACACCUCAAGUCUUGGGCUAAAACUGUUGCAUUUGAAAUUCAAUAAAAUUCUUUUUUAUUUUCAAACAAUUCUUUUUUUUUUUCUUCAACAUAUAUACACAGUAAUAGUAUAAUUUACAAGUUAUCCUUUCACAGUUUUGAAGAGGAUUUCCCCCCUUUUUUAUUCAAAAAAAAAAAAAAACAACAAACAAACAAUAAUUAUACAAACAAGCCAAUUUU